CAGCAACAGCAGGUAUAUAUAGUGCAGAAGCAUCAGCAGCUUAUAGUUUUUCUUCUCUGUUCUCGUCGUACCGAAAACACACUUUCAAAGUCGCAUUUUUCAGUGCAGGUUCUGAUCUGAUAUGGUUCUGCAGCUUAUCCUCUCUUUCCCUCUCUGAUGUAGACAAAUAGCUAAGUACACCUUCGUCAGAGGUACUUAGAUUAUCCCAUGUAUUGGGCAUCUCCUUGCUGCUGCCCAAUAACUGCCCAUCACCCAUCAGAAGUGAAAACGCGCUCGUUUCCUCGGGAACUCUUGAAAACAAGGAUAAGUACGGGAAGGACAAAACAUUAUCAAAGGUAAAAAAAUAGUUACAAGUAAAACUCAAAAUGGAAUCGGAAGAUGAAACUUUAUACGACGACAUAGACUCUGGUAACGAAUCCAGUGGUGAUGAUGUGGAUUUUGCCAUGGAAAUUGAAGCCAACAAUGCCAGAGAAAAAUCAACUGAUGUGGAUGAAUAUCCCUUUGAAGUUCUCUCCACUGAAGAAAUUGUACAGUACAUGGUAGAUUCCAUCAAGGAAAUAAAUAAUGUAGUAGAAAUUCCUGCCACAACAACGCGAAUUUUAUUGAAUCAUUUUAAAUGGGACAAAGAAAAAUUGAUGGAAAGAUUCUAUGACGGUGAUCAAGAAAAAUUAUUCGAAGAAGCCCAUGUUAUAAAUCCUUUCAGAACAGGUCCAGUUAUCACUAGAAAUCAAUCAUCUCACAAUUUAAGGCACAAUCCUCUAAAUGCAACUGAAGAGUGUGGCGUCUGUUUUAUGAAUCUUCCACCAUCUACAAUGACCGGUUUGGAGUGUGGUCAUCGUUUCUGUACGAACUGCUGGGGAGAGUAUUUAACUACUAAAAUCAUGGAAGAAGGUGUAGGACAGAUGAUAGCUUGUGCAGCACAUUCUUGUGAUAUUUUGGUUGACGACGCCAGCGUCAUGCGUCUCGUUAAAGAUUCAAGAGUCAAACUAAAAUAUCAACACCUUAUUACAAACAGUUUCGUUGAAUGUAACAGGUUACUGAGGUGGUGUCCGUCUCCUGAUUGCAAUAACGCCAUCAAAGUGCAGUAUGUUGAAUCGAAACCUGUUACAUGUAAAUGCAAUCAUACUUUUUGCUUCCACUGUGGACAGAACUGGCACGAUCCGGUUAAAUGUCAUUUGUUAAAAAAAUGGAUUAAAAAGUGUGAUGACGAUUCUGAAACAUCUAACUGGAUCGCGGCCAACACAAAAGAGUGUCCCAAGUGCAAUGUUACGAUUGAGAAAGAUGGAGGCUGCAAUCACAUGAUUUGUAAAAAUCAAAGCUGCAAACAAGAAUUUUGCUGGGUAUGCUUGGGCCCAUGGGAGCCACACGGUUCUAGCUGGUACAAUUGCAACCGGUAUGACGAAGAAGAUGCGAAAGUUGCAAGAGACGCGCAAGAGAGAUCGAGGUCUGCACUACAAAGAUAUCUUUUCUACUGCAACAGAUACAUGAACCACAUGCAGUCGUUAAAAUUUGAAAACAAAUUAUAUGCUAGUGUGAAAGAACAAAUGGAGGAAAUGCAGCAACACAACAUGUCAUGGAUUGAGGUUCAAUUCCUCAAGAAAGCAGUAGACAUAUUGUGCUCAUGUAGGCAGACUCUCAUGUAUACUUAUGUGUUUGCAUAUUAUUUGAAAAAAAAUAAUCAGUCUGUGAUCUUUGAGGAUAAUCAAAAAGAUCUCGAAAGAGCUACAGAAUUGCUUUCUGAGUAUCUAGAAAGAGAAAUCACUAGUGAAAAUCUGUCAGAUAUUAAGCAAAAAGUUCAAGACAAAUACAGAUACUGUGAAAGUCGAAGAAAAGUGCUCUUAGAACAUGUACAUGAAGGUUACGAGAAAGAUUGGUGGGAAUACAUGGUCUAAGUUUUUGGGAGUAAACUCGGUAGUCUUUAAGAGGCACCUAUGAACUUCCAAACUCAAAUACAGCUGUGAUAAAUCUUAAAAGCUGAGGAGAAGAAUCACAGACCACCAUGCUAAUUAAAAAUAACCACUAAUAUACCACAUUUGUUGAAUACAAUGUGGUUACAAUGGUUAAACAUGUAGAGCGACAAGGCAAACAGAAAUUUAACUCCACAAUUUUUUAAAAACCUUAAGACAAUUGUUAUUUUUGUUUAUUUUCACUAAAUUGAGUGGUGAUCUUACUUUACAAAUAAACAUUUGAUCAAAAAAAUAAUUUUCAUUAAAUGUCGCAAUUAAUUAUUUUGGAUUUUACAAAAAAUUUUUUGUUACUUACCUCACUUGUCGAACAACUUGUAAAUUAAAAACUCCAAAAAUAACUAAAGAAGGUGCUUUGAUCACGAGUAAUUUCGUAAUUUGGAAUGUACCAUAUGUAUUUUUUGUUUUAUUUUCCUGGUAUUUGUUUAAAUACAUAUAAUUUGCUCUUUAGAUCAAAUGCGUACAAAUUUAUCUACAAAAGUUCAAUAAAAAUAGAAAGAACAUUUUCGAAUUAAAAUUUUUCUUCACUUAACAUGAAAUAAUAAAGUGGCUAAGUAACUUAUUGAUAAAUAUCUGUUUGAUACUGGACAUUAUUAUGUUUAGGGCUUCAACUGCCAAAUUUUAAUUUGCGUGGAAAUUAAAAAUAUAAAAACACUAGUAAAUUGUUGGCAUUGUGCUUUUAGAGCAUCGAAUUUCUUUUUUCUACAACUGGUACUUUUUACACAAUGUAUAAGUACAGUUAUUUUAUUAAAUAAAUUUUUUGUUCACGUUAUAGUUGAGUAUUAAUAUUCAUAGUAUUUAUGAUUUGAAUAUUAUUUUAAUGGUGUUUAAAUAUUAUUACUUAUAAGUGU